UUUUUGAUUUGGUUCUCCUUUUGUUUUUGUGUUUUUGGUUUUUUUUUUACUGGUCUCGUUUCUCUCCGCCAUUGUGCGAUUCUGCGAUUCUGGUUCUUCGUUUUUGCUCGUUUUCACUUUGGACAAGCAACAGUACCCCCUCCUUCAAACCCGGGUCUGCUCUGUUUUUGUUGAAACAUUGUGGGUUUUCGUGCAACUGGUCUUCGUCGCGCGCCGUGGUCUCUCAAGUGGUUUCUGCAUUCGGCGUUCUGCGUUUGUUUGCGGUCAACGAUGAACCCACGAAUUUCAGUCCUGUGCGCACUUGUCGCACUCCUGGCUUGUUGCUACCAGCCAGCCAGCGCAGCUCAAUAUCGUGCGACAUGCACGGCGUAUCUCAAAGGCAUGAGAGUGCCUGGUGACUGUGGAUCCGGCGACGGCGCUUGUGAUACUCUAUGCAGUUCGUCGGCACAAUUCUCGGGUGCCUCCACAGUUUCCAAGUCACUCGGGGAGAUAGACGACACCACCACUCCGAAUUGGAACACGUAUUACUACAACAACGUGGUCGUCAACACCUUUGGUGGCCAGAUCGUCUGGUGGUUUGAUUGUGAGGACUACGACCCUUGGAAUGCGAACGAUGAUAUGGGCUCAAGGACCUUCACAGUACCCAUGAACACCAACACUGAUUAUGGAUCGGUCUCCUCUUCAACAUGGUACGAUUUGGGAGGAACUGCUAGUGGGGAGUUUCCAGUGCAAAACAUCUACGUCGCCUUCCGCGCCAAUUGCGAUGCCAACUACUACAAUCCCACGUGUGCUGAGUUUUGCCAAGUCGGCAAUCCCCCUGCCUGUACUGUCUGCAAUGCUGUGAGUGGCGCUUGCACUUGCGCCGUUGGUUACCAGGACAAGGACUGCGGCACUUGCCAGUCAAACUACUGGCCAGUUGGCACGUCGGGACAAGCCGGCUUCCAAUGCGUGUACUGUGUGGAUACAAACUCUCCCUCUGCGUGCUACACGUGCCAAACGGGUGGCGUCAAGAGCUGCUGCACUGGCUGGAAGAGCACCAAUUGCGACGUCAAGAAGAACUGCAACUCGUUCGCCACGCCUCCUGCCAACUCUGUGGCCGUCGGCAGCACCUGUGUCUGCACAACGUACGGCUGCACCUGUCAGUAUUCGUGCAAGUCUGGCUUUUCUGGUGGCUCUGCUACCACGACGUGCCAAAACGACGAAACCUGGAGCUGGAGCUCGACGCUCACGUGCAAUGACAUUGACGAAUGCGCUCCCGGCGGCGGCAACCAGUGCGCUCAAACCUGCACAAACACCGCCGGUGACUAUUCUUGCUCUUGCCUUGCUGGCUACAGCAUCAGCAACGCUGGUCGCGGCCCGACCGGCUGCACGGACAUUAACGAGUGCUCGACAAACAAUGGCGACUGUGGCCACAAUUGCAACAAUACGCCUGGAUCGUACUACUGCACAUGCCAGCCUGGCUGGCGUCUUCAACCAGACGGCAAAACCUGCCUGGAGAUUGACGAAUGCCAAGAAGGCUUGGACAACUGCGACGGCAAUGCCACCUGCACCAACACCAUUGGCAGCUUUGAGUGCGCGUGCUUCCCCGGAUUCUCGGGCGAUGGCACUGUGUGCACGGACAUUGACGAAUGCGCCGCUACGCCUUGCGCCCAGUUUGCUGACUGCGCCAACUUCCCCGGCACCUUCACUUGCACCUGCCAAAUCGGCUAUUUGGGUGAUGGCUUUACAUGCAUUGUCAACAACACUGCCUCGUUCGAUGUUGACUCGCGCUUUAUUCUCUUUGAAGAAGGCUCGAAUAGCACCAACACUACCCUCCAUCUGCUCGUGAACGCCAACUCCAACCGUGAUGGCUCGUUGGUCUAUUUCGACGUCAUUCCGACCGACGCGCUCGCAGGCAUUGAUUACAUUGUCGAAACAGCCUCCCCGCUCGUCUUCAACAAUGGAGACACCGCCCACAACAUUUCCAUCACCAUCGUUGGCGACAACCUUCCUGAGAAUGUCGAAAGCAUUUUUGUUCGGCUGCGCGACCCCUUGCAUUUGGGCAUUGGUCCAUUCAACACGUCCACCGUUGUGAUUGAUGCCAACGACAACCCCAACGGUCUUGUUCGCUACGUCCCGGCUUCGCGUGCUUUUAGCGUCAACAUUACCGCUGGCAGCUAUCCCCUCGUUGUCGAGCGCUACUCGUACUCCAACCUGUCUCAGGCCGUCAAUGUGACCAUCUCCCGCACUGUUCCAGAUGUCAAGAACUUUACCUUGAUCAUCCCUGCAAACAAGUUGAACGCGACUAUCAACAUCCCCCUGCCACUGUCGACCGUGCCGUCGCUCGCUGCGCUCUAUACGUACACCAUUACUCAGGCCAAGAUGGUUGGAACUGGAUUUGCGCCCGUUCCUGGCUACUAUGCCACCUCGCUCGUCACCAUCAACCCCCAUGACGACCCCCACGGCGUCUAUGGCUUCGACUUCCUCACCCAGUCCGUCCAAGAGGGCACCGCCAUUCUCAUCAACCUGAGGCGUCAGCGUGGAACGUUUGGCAGCGGGGCUGUUCGCGUCCGCGCCAUUACGCUCAACUCCAACCAGACGGGUGGUGUCGCAAUCGCAUCUUCGACCGACUACUCUGCCCUCAAUCAACUCGUCACCUUUGGAGAGGGCGAUAGUGUGAUGCAAAUCUCCAUCAACGCGAUUGCUGACGGCAUCCCCGAACUGGCUGAAAUGUUUGGCGUGCAACUCGAAUUUGUGUCGGGCUUGGGCCGUGUUGACUCAACCAAGGGACUGGUUCUCGUCACCAUUCCCGAGAACGACGAUGCUCGCGGCGUCUUGUCCGUCUCCCGCAUCUACACGUGCAGCGAAGAAUCCCCCAUCGUCAACAGUGUCGGUCAGCCGAACAACACUGUGCUUGUGGAGGUUGUCCGCUCCGCAGGUCUGUUUGGCUCCAUCUCCUUCACCUGGUCGACACACGACGGCAAGUUCAACAAUGCCACUUUGUUGCCUGAGAACUGGGCCAGUGCAGCCCAAAGGGACUAUGUCGCCGUGACGGGUCAAACCGUCACCAUCCCCGCCGGCGUGAGCAGCGUACAAAUCCGCGUGACUCUCCUCGAUGACUUUGUGCCAGAGAUGGACGAGUUCCUUUACGUGCAGCUCGUAUCUGUCACCGGUGGCGCGCGUAUCGACCCCGCCAACAACUUUACCGACAUUUGCAUCAACCGCAACGACCACCCAUACGGGCAGCUGGGCUUUGCUCGCUCACCGCUGAUCUUGGGCUGGACUGGCGAACGCCGUCUGCUGGUCCAGGAGAGCCAGUUUGUGACUGUCACUGUUUUGCGUGUUUGGGGCACCUUCCGUAAGGUCUCUGGCGUCGUCACGCUGGUCCACGAAACCACGACCUCCAGCGACUUUACCGACGACUCUCCUCGGACUGUUACAUUCCUUCCUGGACAGGCUGUAGCCACCGUUUCGUGGUCUGUGAAGGCUGACACUAUUUUGCAGGAGCCGGUCAAGUUUUUCCGGCUGGAGCUGACCGCGAACGGCGAAAGCGCCGGUCAAGAGGCUGUCACCCUCCUUGCCGCGACAGCGUUGGACUCUACCAUUCCGUGCGUGAUUGACGCCGAGGACUUGACGAACGGUGUGCUGAGGUUUAUCGAGACUGACGUUUCCGUGGACGAAAGCGAUGGCAAAGUGACACUUCAAGUGCAACGACUAGCUGACCCCGGGUCCGACGUCACGUUCCAGACGGAUGCCGUCCCGAUCACUGCUUCCGGCCACGACUUUGACGCUUCAAAUGAGAACAACACGCACGUUUUGCUCGCCUCGCAUAUCAGCAUGCCGUUCGACAUCCGAGUGGCUGUCGAUGGACUUCCCGAGCCCGCUGAGACUUUCUCGGUGACGCUUGUGAACGUUACGGGAGCGCAGCUCUCUUGGGCGUCGAUUGCAACCGUCACCAUUCUACCCAGCGACGACGGCAACGGUGUGCUCGAGUUUGCUCCUUCCUCCGACUCCAACCCUCUCGUUAUGGUGGUGCGCGAGAAUCAAGGCGAAGUCCGUCUGCCUGUUUGGCGUGAGAUUGGCACGUUUGGUCGUGUCAACAUGACGUUCGAGCUGACGGUGAACAGAACCUCGAGUGCUGAUUUCGCGCCCUUGCUCGGUGCCUAUAUUCCCCGGCAGCCUGCCGAUCUCAUUAGCGACCUCAAUGCCACGCCUUAUGAACUGGUCAUGGAGGAAGGCCAAAACACAACUGAGAUUGUCCUUCCCAUCUACGACAACACCGUUUCCGACGGCAACCGAUUUGUGUUUAUUCGCCUUGUCUCUCCUGGUGGCGGCGCUCGUCUCGGCACCACUCGCGCCAUGGCGAUUGUUAUCGUUGACAACGAGCCAGAUCAAACGUCAACCACGAAUGCCGCCGUCAUUGCUACCGCCACUGCCGUGCCAAUUGCAGUUGUUCUUUUGUUGCUGCUUCUGAUCUUGCUCGUGGUGGCCCGCCGCAGGCGAUCCUAUCGCAAGCAGCAGCAGGUGCAGCAGGCCGAAUUCGUGAAUGGUGUUGGCCUCGUUGAGCUCAACCCGCUCCACGGUCUUUCCUCGGAUGCUGGAGGCUACGACGCUCUUCAGCGAGCCAAUGCCGGAGAAGCAUACGACGCGCUUCAUCGACCGCAUUCCUCAGCGGGUGUGUACGAAGAUGUUUUCGCCAAUCCGGUUUACGCUGAAGCAGGCUACGAAGCGUUGAACAAGCCCCAGGGCACUUAUGACAGUCUGAACAAUCCUGAAGGUGCUUACGACAACUUGGACAACGUGCGCAACGAGUACCAGCGCGUCACAGCCGCCCCCGCCGAGCCCACGUACGACUCUGCCAACGGCCCAGCAAACUUGGCCUACGCCGCCAUAGACCAUUCGUCCGCGGACUCUGGCUCGGGCUCCCGAGCGACGCAGGCGAAUCAGUAUGGCAACAUGUCUGACAACCCCUCUGCGGGCCAGUAUGACAACGCGCGUACUACCGGCGAUAUGGAAGCCAUUGUGGCUGCCAAGCUGCAAGAAGCAGGCCUGGACGAAGCCGCCCCACCGGCGUAUGCUCCUUCCACUGAUGCCAAUGUGCAGCCAGCCUCGUCUGACUAUGACGACGUGCAACCGCUUGGCGCACAGCCAGCCUCGUCUGAGUAUGACAAUGUGCCAGUGCGUGCCGAACAGCCUGCUACGUCCGAGUAUGACAAUGUGCCACAGCCUGCCACGUCCGAGUAUGACAAUGUGUGAGCGAGUGGUUGACGACCUGGCUCGGCGCGUUUCGGCCUGUGGCCAUUUCUGUUUUGUUUUGUCCGUUGUGUCUGUUUUGAUGGAGUUUUGUCCUCUCUUGAUCUAGUUGUUUGUAAAAAUUUUGUUGUUCUUGUCGUUGUUCUUGUCGUUGUUGUCAACACCGUUGGUGUUGUUGUCGCUCUUCUCUAAAGAUGGUGUUUGCUCCGUGUGCAAAAAUUUGUUUAUAUACUUCGCAUUCAACCACA